CCAUGCGGUUCCUCGCUCUCCUCCCGCUCUUGGCAAUGCCUGUCCUUGGCGCAAUUGGUAGUCUAUGCAAAGCCGAGAAGGUUACCGGAACCUGCCAGACGAUAAGUUGGUGCAAAGGGCGCAAGGGACGGCAGCCCGUCACCGGCGCAUGCCCCAACGACCCGGACAAUGUCAAGUGCUGCAUCGUUCCCGAAUGUGAGGGUGAUGUAGGCAUGGGUUGCUUCUUGGAAUCCGAGUGCUACACUUAUACUCAUCCGUUAGUCAACUUCUAUCUGAUGCCGAGUAUGAAAAUCGAGUCCGCGCAAUGUUUACUAACGAUGCCCUUUUUUUGCCGAAUCCAGGGGCCUGUGUCCGGGGCCGAGCAACUACAAGUGUUGCGCAAUUCCUUGAACUUUGGUCACUAG